AUGAGAGGCACUUUACUUGGACAUGUACACAAUGUUAUGCAACAACAUUCAAACAACCAACAGCAGCAGCAAAGCCAACGACAACAUCAGCAAAAACAUGAACAUUUUGUGAAACAUGCCACUUCAAAUUCUUCCAGCAGCAGUAAAGAUUCCAAUACAACCACGUCUAACGGCAACAAUUCCAAUCCGGGUACCAAUCCCACCGGUACAACCAAUAACUCGCGUUCCUGCCGCACACCCGACUCACCCGAAUCUGCCAGAGCAGUAGCUCCUCGCUCACCCAUGUCUCCGCAAUUGCAUCAACAUCACUCCAGUUUGGCACCGCCGCCCAGACCUAAUCGCAAUGCUAGUGCUUCACCGGUUAUAAAUGGUGCUACGACCACACCGCCGCCUCAACCGUCGGUGCAGAGUGCACAGGCGGCUGUAGCAGCGGCUGCAGCAGCUGCUGCUCAUGUCGAACAGGCCCGUUUGUUGGGUAAAAUACGUAAAUUUUUAGGAUCUCUAGUGCAAUUGGCCCAAGAUGUUCAUCCCGAUGUUAGUGAUCGUGUAAGAGCUUUAGUUCUUUCUUUGGGCAGUGGUGGCAUAAGUAUCGAUGAAUUUCGCAUGGCUCUACAGGAGGCCAUUAAUUUGCCUUUGAGGCCGUAUGUCAUUCCACUAUUGAAGAAUCAUAUUUCCUUGCUGCAAAGAGAGAUUGUGGCCUUGGCUCGUGCCACUAAUCAGACCACUCUGCAAUAUGUAACCACCAAUGAAAAUUCAGUUAUGGAAUUUUCCCCUCACGGGCCACCAGCCGAAUACAGUGACAUUUUUGUGCAAAUUGACAGUCAAUCUAAUGGUAAUUCGGCUACAAGUCUGGUAUUUAAAAGACGACCCUCGGACACUUUAAUGGAGCCGCAUGCUCAUAAUGGUGCUCAAGAAUGGAAUGAUUAUAUGGCCGCUUAUCCGCCAGCCAAACGUUUGCAUGCCCAUAAUCCCCACCCCUCCCAAAGUGAAUCACGCAUACCAUUUGCCUCCGCCCAGCCAACCAUAUUCGAUUAUUCCACUUCUGGAGCAAAUGCGGCACAGAGCGAAGGUUCAUUUAGUAAUCUAAUGGAAAAGUCCAAUCAUCGAGAUGAACGUGAUCUUAGAUCCUCCGUUAAUGCAGAUGCCGCUUCUCAUCGCCCUUUGGCUCGUUCAGUUAUGCCAACCGCUAGCAGUGGUCCGGGUGGUGGAGGACCUGGUGGCUCUUCCGGUGCCCAGGGUGAGGAGGAAUGGAAAAAUAUACACACCAUGUUGAAUUGUAUUUCCGCCAUGGUGGAUAAAACUAAACGAGCUAUAACGAUACUACAGCAGAGAGGCGUUGAACCGCAGCAGCCCAAUUAUGGUGAGAUAACACCGGCCACUCUAAUGGAAAUACGAAGGCAAACCGAAGAAAAGGUGGCCGAAUUUAAACGCAAUGCAGAAGAUGCUGUUAAUCAAGUCAAACGUCAAGCUGUCAUUGAAAUCCAAAGAGCCGUCGUGGCAGCCGAGACUCGUGCCGCCGAAGUUAUGGCCCAGGAACGUUUACGCAUGGAAAAGUUUUUCGUUGAAAUGAGUCGACAUUCCGGCAGCGAAAGAGAAAUCGAUAAUAAAUCACCCUCCAUUGCUGCAAGUCAAAAUGCCUGUUGGAAUUGUGGUCGUAAGGCAACAGAGACAUGUUCGGGUUGUAAUUUAGCACGUUACUGUGGUGCUUUCUGUCAGCACAAGGACUGGGAACAUCAUCAUCAGAUUUGCGGCACCACACGAACAACCGAUCUAUCAACAAAGCACGCUUCCCAAGUUAUACCACUGACGGCCAAUAUACGCGGCGCAUUAACACGAUCACCACCCACACCCUCACAACCGCCAGCCCAUUCGCAGGCGGCACAAAAUCAAGCAACAUCAACAGCAUCUAACGCACCGCAGCCGAGUUCAUUGGUGGCCAAUGGCAUCGGUUCCAAAUGACGUAUUCGCAUGAUGAAACCCAAAAAGAAAUAUAUGUGCUAGUCAAAUUAAAUAUACACACACACACAAAAAUACACACACCACUAUUAUUAAUUAAAUUAAAACACAAAACAAUUAUUAAAAACUACUUAAAUAUUAAUUUAAAACUUAAAAAAAAAAAUCAUUAAAAAAUAACAAAAAAAAAACACAUUUUUAAAUUUAAGAAUUUUUAACUUGAGAAAAAUUUUAAAUUAUUCAAAGAGUAAAAUUAAUAGAAAAAAAAAAAACAAAAACAAUUUAAAAUAAAAUCCCACUACAACAAUUACAGCAAACCAAAAAAGCAAAUAAAUAAUUAAAAUUUAAAAAAAAAAAUAUAAAAUAAAAAUUAAUUCAUAAUAACAAAAGCAGAAAUAGUAAUAGAUGUUUUAUCACUUUCCUCAAAUUCUCUCUACAACACUGUGAGUUCAUUUUCUCUCUUUUGCUCGAACCUGCUAAAAACUCUUUGAAUUGAACACUGCAGUCUUUUUGAAUCUCUUUUAUUUACUCUCAGAGUAAAGAUCAAUAUUAAUUUGCAUUUGUUUUUACAAAUUUUCUCAACAAAUGGAUUUUUUUAAUUAAUUUUU